AUGAGUCUCAGUUCGCAAGGUAGCACACCGUGGAAAUUCCGCGGCGAUGCCACGGCGUCUGUUGGGGCCAUCACGGCGGUGGAGUUCGACCCCGAUGUGGAGCUGCUUUGGGUGUGCGACGCCUUCGGCACGCUCAUGAGCUUCUCGCUGCAGUCGCAGGGCCAGGGUGAGGCCCCGGCGUGGGUGAACUACUCGUCGUUCUCCGUCUCCAGCCGCCCUGCCACGAAUAUUUUCUUCCUCAACAUGGGUGGCGAGCGUAUGGUGACGGUGGCGGACCGGGAGGUAAUCCGCGGGUACAAGCGCGGCGGCGUCCUGAUGAUGUGCCUUCCGCAGCCCACCGCCGUGCAGAACUACAUUGACCUCUUCCAGGCCAACAACAACACCGGUGCGAUGUUCUACACCGGCAACGCUGGCCUGACGCGGCUGAUCCUCAACCACCAAGAGACGGACCAGCUCACCGUUCCGAUGGAGGCGACGUUGGUGGCUUUGAAGCAGUGCGACCGAUGGGUUGCCACCGGGAGCGCCUCUGGCGCCGUGUACGUGCGCAAUGCGUCUGAUCUUAGCCUGGUUGGCCAGGUUACCCCGUCGCGGAACCGCGUCAUGGCGCUGGAGGUGUUCGACAACACGGUGAUGGCGGCAUACUCGGAGCGGUCGGCGACGUCCUUUGUGAAGGUGUUCGAUGUACGCAAAAUGUCGGAGGCGGUGUCGACGAUUCAGGACAUCCCGUCCGGCAAUGUGACGCAGAUGCGCCGCUACCAGGACGGCUUCGGGCUGUCGAGCGACCGCGCCUUCCUGCUGUCGCCUGCAGGCUUCCACAUUAUCCAGCUGGACCAGGAGAAGCCGGUGUUCUCGUCGAGCCCCCUGAGCGAGGGCAGCUGCACCGCCGUGGCUGUCUCCCCGUCCAACAUGUGCGCCGCCAUCGGGAACGACAAGGGCACCUUCUACGCCCUCGCCCACCCAGCCACGCGAGACGACUACGUGAUGUCCACGUUUGUUCAGCCGGUGCGGCCGAAGCACCCAGUCUACCAUCACAGCUGGGAGGAGCCGAACAUCGCAGACGGCUUCGACGACUCGGUCGACCUCGGCACCCUCGCCUCCAACUGGCCUGAGGAGGACUACAUGAUCCUUACCGUGCCUCAGAAGCUGCGGUGCGUCAACUACGAGUCGCACAGCAUUGUGCCGAACGAGUGGGGGCUGAUGCGGGCAGACAGCUGCCUGCCAGAUCCGAAGGACAAGCUCAGCUCCAUCUUGCCGAACCCGUACCCCUUCAACACGCAGCUCGGCGACGACCCAGCCUGCGCGCAAGAGGCGCUGCUCGAGCUGCGCAAAGAUAUGAAGCGCAAGCACAAGUCCUCGCGUGGUGGCGGCGGCGAGUACAGCCCGAUGGAGGACUCCUUGCAGGUCUGCUACAGCGUCCAGCACAAGCUGGACUGGCGCAGCUACAACGAGAUCGCACAGCGUGUCAUCGGCAUCGACAACAGCUUCCCUGAGUGUUGGAUCACGCCGCUUCUGCAGUCGCUCUAUCUAUGCCAGCCGCCCGAGUUUCCCAUCCGCAAGGUCAUCCUGCGGCACAUCUGCAAGCGGGAGUUCUGCAUGACGUGCGAGAUCGCCUUCAUCUUCGCCAACAUGUUGACCACAUCCGCGAGUGUGAUGGGGAUGAAGGGCGAGGCGCUGCCGCCGAUUGUGCCGGUGGCGCACUUCAUUCGGACGUUGCGGCAGAUCCGUGCUUUCGCCAAUACAGACGUGUUUCAGCGGCCAAAGAACCGCGAUGAUGCGGUGGCGAAGAUGCACCUGGGGCAGCGGCUGGUGCUGGAGACACUGCACAAGGAUCUGCAAGACCAGAAGGCCUACCCCUUCAUGAACUACGAAGCACCGCCCGAGUACGAUGGCGCCAUCGCAGCUCUCUUUGGCACCGAGUUCACGUCAAACGGCCGCGUGCACAUUGAACCGCGUUUCUACUGGGAGGUGCCCGGCUCCGCGCUCAAGGUGGAUGAGGGGCUGCAGCACCUGCUGAAGCAGCUGGAGGGGUAUAAAGACCAGGUGCAGAUUAAACGGCUUCCACCCAUCAUCGUCCUCCUCCUGAACCCGGAGCACAGCAACCUGAAGCCGCCAACGAGCCUCAAGAUUUCGCGUGCGGGCAAGGAGGACUACAAUUACGUGCUGAACAGCAAUAUCGUGCACCUCGCCGACGACGUGGAGGACACGGGCAACUUCGUCAGCCAGCAGCGCAUCAAGGAUGACAGUUUUUCACUCGUGAACGACUACCGCGUGACGGCGCCGAUGAAGAUGCAAGAGCUGGAGCGCCUGGUGCCCGCGCUGCGCUCCUACUCGGCCGUGGUCACCUUCUACGCCCUUGACAACCUUACCACGCCGCCGUACGCCCGCCUGGACGACUCGCGCACCCCGAACUUGUGGCAUCUACUUGGCCCCCUGCUGACAAACGACGUGCUGUCGCGUCCGCUGCUGCGAGACCCGGCGAAGCAGGCCUUCCGAUCGCCGUUGUCCUCGUACACGGAGAUCAGAGCUGGCGACCUCAUCGCCAUCGACGCAGAGUACGUGGUGCUCAAAUGGGCGAGCCGAGACGAGGGCAACGAGAUGUUCUACGUGUCGCAGCGCAAGCCGCACAUGGGCCUAGCCCGUGUGAGCUGCAUCCUGAGCAGCAAGGACGGCGAUGAACGCACCAUCGUGGACGACUACGUGCACAUUCCCGAGGAGAUCGAGGACUACGUGACGCAGUACAGCGGCAUCCACCCCGGUGACCUCGACCCACUUGAGUCGUCCAAGAGCCUAACGUCGCUCAAGUCGACGUACCUGAAGUUGCGCGCGCUGGUCGACGGUGGCGUUGUCUUUGUUGGCCACGGCCUCGCUCAAGACUUCCGCGUGUGCAACAUCGUCGUGCCGCGCAAGCAGAUCAUCGACACACUCGAGAUAUUCCACAAGCCCGGGUCCCGGUACCUCUCGCUGCGCUUCUUGGCAUACCACGUGCUCGGCGAGAGCGUGCAGGAGGACGAGCACGACUCAAUCGAGGACGCCCGCACGUCACUGCGUCUCUACCGCAAGUACCAGCAGCUCAAGAGCGAGGGCACCUUCGAGAGCGUGCUGGACCAUCUCAUGGCCAAAGGUGCUGAGACGAGCUGGUACGUGCCCGAUACGAAGUCGUUGUUCCGCGAUACCCCGCAGACCCCGCCAGUGUCCGUGAUGGGUUCACCUGUACUCGAGAAGAUGGUAAAGGCCGUGCCGGAGGACGACGAAAGGGACGUAAACACGUUUGACAUGGCGGCGGCGGUGGCGACCGAAGGUGACGAGGAUGACGAGGACGGCGAUGACGAUGCCCCCACUGCCAGCGAAGUGCUAGAGGCCGUGCGCAAGUCCAUGGAGCGGUAG